AUUGGUUUUGGGUUUAAAUAAUUAAUUUAAGAUUGCCGAGGCCAUUUUUAAAUAAUUAAUGUUAAGCUUCCAUAAUCAUCACUAGGUUUAACUAAAUUCCAAAUUUAGAUUAUAUAUACACAUUCAUGCCUUGUGGCACACUACAUGUUUUCAGAAGUUGCGAAUCUGUGAAUGAGCAACUGACAUCCAAACACCGAAACAUUUACUUACCGUUGCUAUAAACAUAUAAAGAAAUUGUCAUUAGAUUACUUUAAUAUUUUUCUAAACAAAGUGUGAAAAAGCAUACAUUGAUUACUAUACUUUUUGGUCAUCUAAGAGAAAAAGAUUUGAGAAGAACUCGCUUACUGAACUUCUUGGUCUUCUUAGUCAUCAAAGAAGAAGAGAAAAAAUGGAUAAGCAACUGAAGCUUAAAUUAAUUUUGAAUUAUACUAGCUGGUAAAUUUUAGAAUAUGCGUAUAUUACAACAGUUUCGAAUGCUUCACAUGGCAUAUGAUUUAUGAAUGCAGGAAAAAUUCUUCUCUUGUUAAGUUCAAGGUAGAAUUGGCACAAGAUGAAAGUUAUGACCUACAUAUAUUGCGUCCACUGCUAAUGGUUCUAAAAUAGUCAUUAUUGACAAUGGCUUAGCUUUUGGUACAUAGCGGGCUAAAUCAAGAUGAUACAUUGAACUUCCUUUUGUUCAUACCCCGUGAGAAGUUUUGGCUUUUAAAUGCAUCAAGAGUCUAACAAAACUUCCCUCUUUGAUUUUUAUAGGACUGACCUUGUUGUUGAUUUUGUUUUUGUAUUUUUCUGAUAGGUAGAAUGUACUAGAGUUGCAGUUUAACUUGCUGGUAUCAUGUAUAUACACCAUUUUUUGAAAAUAUAUUAGUAAAAAUGGUAGACAGGUUUGACUUUUUGUAGUAGCACUUUGGUAACUUCUUUGCUCUUUUCGGGUGUAUUUGGUUCAGGGUGAUGGAGGAGGGAAAAUCAUUUCCACACCUCAUUUGGUUCAAAACAUUAUUUGGGUGAAUGAACAAAAGUUUUCCCACUCCUCCCCUCCUUCCAAACACACCCUUGGGAAAUCCCAUUCUGAUUUUACAUUUUUCUGUAAUUAUUUAAUAAAAUGAAUUUUAUUUUCUUACUUUGGAGAGCUGGGGUUUUCUAUGGUCCAUAUUUUAAAUUUUUCACCAAUAAAAAAAUUGUUCCCCAAUGUAUUCUAGAAAAGUUUUCUACAAACAAUAUUAACUUUUGCAUGCAAAAUUUCCAAAACUAUAUGCUUUCAUUUCCAAUCGAUUACUAUUUUCUAUGAAACAUUGUGUAGAAAAUGCAGCAAUUGUUUUUAUAGGGGUAAGAUUGUGUGCAUAUUGACACCCUAACCCCAAUGGUGUUUUUUAUUAAACUGGGUUUGUUAGUUUCUAAAACCUUAAUAACCUGGGUUAAAGUGAGGUGACUACUGCAUAGAGUUGCAUGACCGUGUUGAGCUGCCUUCCUGCCUGUAACGGUAACCUUAAAUCUUGAGCUACGUGGCAGCCUUAGCUCCCUAUAUAUUCAGCUAGCGAUGCGAAGGAAAUACACAGAUCAAUACACAAAGCAUCUGCACUGGUUUCCUUAAGUCUUGAGCUACGUGGCAGUCCUCAGCUCCCUAUAUAUUCAGCUACCUAGGUGAAGCAGAUACACAGAUCAGUACAUAAAGCAUCUCCAGAGGUUUUGUUUUCCAACAACAAUGUUAGCCAUGGAAAUGGAAGCUUCCUAUCCUGCAGUUCCGAUUGAGAUGACCAAGCUUUUCCAUGCGAUUGACCGACAACUUUAUUCAAUCCUGGUCUUCAAUCUCCAGUGCGAUCCAAGGGUAUCCAUGCUGACAAUUGCCUUUUGGAUUUGGCUGGAACACAUCACUCUCAAGGAUGCUGUGACAAAAAUAUUGUCAUUUUCCUUCGAAAUGAUCAAUGGACUCUUCGGGGAAGCUGUGAUCUGCCUUGGAUGCAUUGCAAACACCAUGCAUCAUUUCUCUCAUGCACCAAGUCACUUUUUUCUCACUCAACAUCUUUUGGGGCAGCACUUUAGUCUCAAGUACUUGUAUGAAAACCAGGCCGCGGCAUCUAAUAGGAUUAAAAAGAUUGUAUCAGGAGUUUGUCUGAAGGCAUUAAACGAUCUCAAGGCAAUGGCCAUCAACAAUAACACCCAGCAACACUUGGCUCAAAGUGAAGUGGCACUGAUUGACUACUUCCUUGGUGAGUCCUCGUCAUCGUCUCAAUCUGCUGGGAUGGUGCCUCGUCGAAUGCCAACCAUCAAGGCACCACCAAAAGGAAGGAGGACAAUGUUUGCUACCUUCUCAAAGGGAUUCCCAGUUUAUGAAGGGGAGAUGCGUCGGUUCUUCAGCAGGAUGUUUGGUGACUGCAUUGAUUCCAUCACCAUGCAGCAAGUGAAUCCUGGUGAGCUGCCACUCUACGCCCUCAUUGUCUUCACCACUCCAGGUAUAAUCGACUUCAUCCUCAAUGGCACUGAGAAAGCGAAAUUCUCCAUUAAUGGAAGACAGGUUUGGUUGCGCAAGUCUGUCCCAAAAUUUUAACAAACCCGUCUCUCUCUCUCCAGCAUCUACCGUGCGUGCGUUUUUUCAACUGUUUUAUCUUGUUUUACUUUUUACCGUGUGAUGCCCGAUCAUCGUGGCACUUUCUCGUUUCGGUUUCUAGCUUGUGAUUAAGCCCCGUGUAUGGUUGUCGUUUCCAGAUGUAGCAAUGGUAUGUAAACUUGUUUGAUCGAAUAAAUAUAUCCAAAGUGUAGAAUGUAUAUUUCCUAUCUUCAUCAUAUAUGUAUUUAUAGUAUAUUCUAAAUACGUUCCGUGAGUCGGCGGGUUCGAUUCAUAAAAUAUAUAUAUUCGG